GUGUGUGACAGAAGAGAUGACAGACCCAGAGGUGGUGACAGAAGUUCCAGCGGUACUGAAGCGCCUUGCUAAGUAUGUGGUGCGCGGUUUCUAUGGGCUGGAGCAUGCGCUGGCGCUGGACAUCUUGAUACGUAACCCAUGUGUGAAGGAGGAGGACAUGCUGGAGCUUCUGAAGUUCGACCGCAAGCAGCUGCGCUCUGUGCUCAACACUCUGAGAGGAGACAAGUUUAUCAAGUGCCGCAUGCGAGUGGAGACGGCCACCGAUGGCAAAACCACCCGGCACAACUACUACUUUAUUAACUAUAGACUGCUGGUAAAUGUGGUGAAGUACAAGCUGGAUCACAUGAGGAGAAGGAUUGAGACGGACGAAAGGGACUCCACUAACCGAGCCUCCUUCCGAUGCCCCAACUGCUGCAGCACAUUCACUGACCUAGAGGCCAACCAGCUGUUUGACUCCAUGACAGGCACAUUCCGCUGCACCUUUUGCCAAACUGAGGUGGAAGAGGAUGAGUCGGCGAUGCCCAAAAAGGAUGCGCGGACGCUGGUUGCUCGAUUUAAUGAGCAGAUUGAACCAAUCUAUGCACUGCUGCGUGAGACAGAGGACAUCAACCUGGCCUCCGAAAUCCUGGAGCCGGAGCCAACUGAAAUUCCAGGUCUAAGACAGAGUAAGGAGCGAGCAGCAGCAGCAGCUGGAUCCUCGGGUCCCCAGAGAGAAUUCUGGACGUCCAAGGGUCCAUCGUAUGAAGACCUAUACAAGCAGGAUGUGGUGAUCAGUAUGGAAGAGCAGGAGGACCUCCAGCGAGCAGCUGCAGAGGCCAAGCCGGUCAAAGAGAGACCCAUCUGGCUUAGGGAGAGUACUGUACACCAAGCCUUCAGUGAGACCCCAGAGCUUAAAGAUGGUACGUUGGAUGCAGAUUCCUUCCAAGAACAUGAAGAAAAUCGGACAUUGGAUGAGAAUGAAGAGGUCAUGCAAGCCCUACUGAUCCACGAGAAGAAGAGUGCGGCAAGCGUAGUUAAAUCUUCUCCCACUCCUGCGUCCAACACUGGUGCAGGCAGUGAUUCAGACAGUGAUACCAGCGAGUCAGACCAGGACAGCCCUGCUCCCCGUCAGCCUGUGGAAAGCACUUCCCGUCUCUACAAGGUGGAGGAUGAAGAUGAUGAUGAAUUUGAGGAGGUAGCUGAAGAUCUAAUGGUCACUGUGGGAGGCCGGCCGUACCUUUACAGUGAUGUAAGCCAGCGUCCGGAGCUUGUGGCCCAGAUGACUCCUCAGGAGAAAGAAGCAUAUAUAGCAAUGGGGCAGAAGAUGUUUGAAGAUUUUUAUGAAUGAGUCUUCACUAGGUCUGGAGUCUAGCAUAGAAAGACAGAACAUUAUGAUGCCUGCUAAGCUGUAAGCUCUCCUUACUUUACUAAAGUACCUGCCAGAAGAUCUUGUCUCCAUUCAUCCUAUAGGCACUACCAGAGGGCUGUGCAGUCUUGGUGAAAUGAAGCUAUAACUGGUUCCUGCCCAGUCUAGUUUUAUUUUUAUUUUUUCAUAAAAAGUCCCUUUUAAUCUGAUUUUAAACUGAAUGUUUAGCUUUUUGAUACACAUUUUCUAUUUUAGAGUAUUUCUUAAUAGUUAUUUUAGAUCCCAAUGAAUUUAGCCAACAAGCGUCUUCACACCUGCAGUCCUGAACGACACAGCUCUACCGUAAUAAGUGAUAUCGUUUGUAACUAUGACCCACAGUGUGUUCAGGUUGUGGAGGACAAUUAAUAUUAAGCUGACCACAGUGUUACGGAACAGGUUCUAUCUCACAUUCUGCCAAAGGUUUCCUGCCAAAAAUAUUUGUUCCAUGAAUGUCAAGAGAAACCCAGUUUUGUGACCUUGAUGAGUUCUUCCUUGUUUUUGUCCAUGUCUAGAGGUCACUUUCUCUCUUCCCAUUCCAGUCACAGACGCUAACGUGCUUAGAAGACCAAUGAAUGGGGCCAUUAAAGGCACUGGGAUUUGUGUUACUUAAAGGAAUAGUUUAGUCAAAGUUAAACUCUUAUGAUUCAGACAAAGCAGCAAUUUUAAGCAACUUUCUAAUUUACUCCUAGUAUACAUUUCUUUCAUGUAAUUAACAAGAGUCCAUGAGCUAGUGACGUAUGGGAUAUACAUUCCUACCAGGAGGGGCAAAGUUUCCCAAACCUUAAAAUGCCUAUAAAUACACCCCUCACCACACCCACAAAUCAGUUUUUUAAACUUUGCCUCCAAGGGAGGUGGUGAAGUAAGUUUGUGCUAGAUUCUACGUUGAUAUGCGCUCCGCAGCAAGUUUCCUCUCAGCGUGCAGUGAAUGUCAGAGGGAUGUGAAGAGAGUAUUGCCUAUUGAAUGCAGUGAUCUCCUUCUACGGGGUCUAUUUCAUAAGGUUCUCUGUUAUCGGUCGUAGAGAUUCAUCUCUUACCUCCCUUUUCAG